AUGCCUUCCACUAUCAACCAGCCCUCCUCCCAGGAGCCUCUCUUCCACUCCGCAACGGCCACUGCCACCGCGGCCAUCCAUAACGGGCGGCAGGAACCCCGCCUGCCAUCCUGGUUGUUGCCAGCCAGGAUAUCAGACUCGGGGCUUCGCCGCCCUGCGCCGGCGGUCCGAGUUAACAGGCCACCGCCGAGAUUGCCCCUGGCACCAACCACCCGGGCCGAUAAUCGUGUGCCCGGUACACCCCUCCCCCUCACCGGGUACAGACUCGGUGACGACUCGGACCGGCCCCGGUCCCGCAACACCAGCCCGGAGAACGAGCCCGGCCUUGGCCCGGCAAUAUUCCGGCGCCGGAUUCCCGAUUUCACCAUCUACGAUGAAGAGGCGGCCGCGGCUACGCGUAUCUUGGAGGGGCAGUGGGACGACGACUGCGAUACCAUCCUCAGAGAGAACGUGCGCCGGCUACGAGAACUCGCUCGGCAGCGACGACGGGAGCGGGUCGCGGCGCUGCGGCGUCAGCGGGACCAGGUCCUCGAGGAGCAAGGGCCGCUCCAUGCCUUUGAGGCGCAGCUGGGCGUCUCGCUGAAUGACCUGCUCACCAUCGCGGGCAGCUUUGUCACGGCCAGGCGUCAUCCGGAAUGA